UUGUCACAAGUGGAGUCUGUAAACUGUCCUGUGCUUUGAGAAUUUAAGGUUUAAAAAAAAAAAAAGAACAAUGCCUAAAGAGACCUAAGAGCCCCUUGGGCUUUCUUGUUUUAAAGUUGGGAAAACCAAGGCUCCUGAGCUCCCAGGUUGUGCCUCCAACAGAUAUUUACUGAGCAAUAUCUGAAAGUAAACAAGCAGCUUUAAGAAUAAACCAGGCAAUUUCAGACAUGACCCCAGAGGUUGGUGCUGGCAUGUCCCGAGCAGAGGGGGCAGCAAGUGCAGUGUGCAGAAGUGGCCAUGAACUUGAUGGGCUGCUGCGGGAGACAGGAGAAGGCCACCAGGGCCAGGAGUGAGGGACUGCCGCCAGGUCUGUUGAGUAAUGUUAACGUGCACCUGCACCAGGCUCCUGGCCAGGCCCCGGAGUGGAAGUGAACCUCAGGUGCAGGUCGCUAAUCUCCCAUGGAGCUGACAGAUCCCACUGGACCCAAAAUAAACUGUACAUUUCUAAGAUGUCAGAUGUGGCCAGGGCUCUGGAGAAGAAAAUACUGCAGAAAUUUCCCAUCACCAAUUGUUCUUGGAAUUGGUCAGAUGGCAGCCACCAUAAUGAUAUUGUAUGUGUCCAAGCUAAAUAAAAUAAUUCAUUUCCCUGAUUUUGACAAGAAAAUUCCUGUAAAGCUAUUCCCUUUGCCUCUUCUCUACGUCGGAAACCACCUCAGUGGAUUAUCAGGCACAAGUAAAUUAAGCCUGCCCAUGUUCACGGUGCUCAGGAAGUUCACCAUUCCGCUCACCCUGCUCCUGGAGACCAUGGUCCUCGGGAAACAGUACUCGUUGGGCAUCGUGGCCAGUGUCUUUGCCAUCAUCCUGGGGGCUUUCAUAGCAGCUGGGUCUGACCUUGCUUUUAACCUGGAAGGCUACGUCAUUGUAUUCCUAAAUGAUAUCUUCACGGCAGCAAAUGGAGUCUAUACCAAGCAGAAAAUGGACCCAAAGGAACUAGGGAAAUAUGGGGUGCUUUUCUAUAAUGCCUGCUUCAUGAUCAUUCCAACUCUUAUUAUUAGUGUCUCCACCGGAGACCUUCAGCAGGCUACUGAGUUCAACCAGUGGAAGAAUGUCCUGUUUGUCAUGCAGUUUCUUCUUUCCUGUUUUUUGGGGUUCCUCCUGAUGUACUCCACGGUCCUGUGCAGCUAUUACAACUCAGCCCUGACCACGGCGGUGGUUGGUGCCAUCAAGAACGUGUCUGUCGCCUACAUUGGAAUGUUAGUUGGUGGAGACUACAUUUUCUCCCUAUUAAAUUUUAUAGGGUUAAAUAUUUGCAUGGCAGGUGGCCUGAGGUACUCCUUCUUGACACUCAGCAGCCAGUUGAAACCUAAACAGCCCGUGGAUGAAGAAAACACCCCCCCUGGAUUUGAAGCCUUAGAGUCUGGGGCAGAAUGCAGACUGGGGGCACAGGGAGGGCAUUCCUAGCAGGGCAACGAAACCAGAAGUUUCCUACGGGGGACAUUCACCCCGUGGUCAAAGAGCACCCACAGGAACGUCUGCAAAACGCAAAGACAGCUACCUCAACGCACUGCGCCUUGAGCCCCCCGGGGCUCCUGCACAGAACCUGAGCAACUGGCAGCGGGGCUGUUCAGACUGGCCAGUGAGACUUGUGCAGGGACACCAGCGCUCCCCAGCGGGGGUCGGCUGCCCUUCCCUGCCCUGGGCUCUUAGAGGGCGGGAGGGCGACACUCAGUGGUGACUUUUCUUACCAGCACCUUUGCCUUAAUUUCAAGGGUCAGUGAGACCUUUUUUUUCUCUUAGUUUAAGCAAAUCUACUUUAAUAAAACUACCCAAUGUUCUACCAGGAAAAUUGUUAGCUUUGAUUGAAGCUAUGCUGGGGUCUUUUCCUUCUUAUCAAAAUAAAAUAAAAAGCCAUUUUCUA